AUGGCUACUUUUGGUGCUGCGGCUAAUUCGACUACUAACCCUAAUAAAUCCUACGAGGUUCUUCCAUCACCGGCAGAUUCUAUUUCAAGCUUAAGUUUCAGUCCAAGAGCUGAUAUACUUGUGGCCACUUCAUGGGACAAUCAGGUGAGGUGUUGGGAAAUAUCCCGUAGUGGCACCUCUAUAGCCAGUGCUCCAAAAGCAUCAAUAUCGCAUGAUCAGCCGGUCUUAUGUUCUGCUUGGAAAGAUGAUGGAAGCACAGUCUUUACCGGAGGAUGCGAUAAGCAAGCAAAAAUGUGGCCCUUGUUGUCAGGUGGUCAACCUGUAACUAUUGCUAUGCACGAUGCUCCUAUUAUAGAUAUGGCCUGGAUCCCGGGAAUGAAUCUCCUCGUAACUGGAAGCUGGGAUAAAACGUUGAAAUAUUGGGACACAAGACAGCAAAAUCCUGUUCAUACCCAACAGCUUCCAGAUAAAUGCUAUGCAUUGUCUGUGAAACAUCCUCUGAUGGUUGUCGGAACUGCAGAUAGAAAUCUGAUAAUCUUCAACUUGCAAAAUCCUCAGAGUGAGUUCAAGAGAAUCCAAUCCCCACUGAAGUACCAGACGAGGUGUGUUACUGCCUUCCCUGAUCAGCAAGGAUUUUUGGUUGGCUCAAUUGAAGGGCGGGUUGGUGUCCAUCAUCUAGAUGAUUCUCAACAGAGCAAAAACUUCACAUUCAAAUGCCACAGAGAUGGAAAUGAUAUAUAUUCUGUCAACGCUCUGAAUUUCCACCCGGUACAUGGCACUUUUGCAACUGCUGGCUCCGAUGGUGCUUUCAAUUUCUGGGACAAGGACAGUAAACAAAGACUCAAGGCCAUGUCAAGGUGCAAUCAGCCAAUUACUUGCAGUUCGUUCAACCACGAUGGCUCGAUAUAUGCAUAUGCGUCCUGCUAUGACUGGAGCAAAGGUGCAGAAAAUCACAACCCGGCGACUGCAAAGAGCAGCAUUUUCUUGCAUCUGACACAGGAAAGCGAGGUUAAAGCCAAGCCAAGAGUUGGAGCAACCGGCAGAAAAUGA